UCUCUUUGUAGAAUAUAAAUCCUCACCUUUCAGGACUCCAUUCCCGCUUUCUUUCACGUUCCCUCACUCACAAAGACACAUUAUCUCUCCCUUUCUCUCUCUCUCUCUCUCUCUCUCUCUCUCUCUCUCAUGGCUUCCACCAACAGCAACAACAACAACAACAACAUGAACUCACCAAGCUAUAUGUCAUCAGACCCAACCUCACCCAACACCACCUUUGUCCAAGCCGACCCAUCAACUUUCCGAGCCGUGGUCCAGAAACUAACCGGAGCCCCGGAAGACCCAUCAGCCCAAAAGCUCCCUCUCAACCACAAACCCCACCACCUCUCCGCCACCGAAAUGGGUCCCAGAAAAUCCACCUUCAAACUCCACGAGCGCAGACUCGCCACCAAAAAGCUCGAGCUCAAGUUCAACCCAGGCCUAAACCCAUUCGGCCCAUCACCAUCAUCUUCAUCUUCUCCGUCUGGGCCUUACUUGAGGCCCAUGAUCUUCUCCCCAGUCUCGCCAUUGGAGCUGGAGCUCUACGCGCGUGGAAGUCCACGCACGCCGCGUGAAGUAGUGGAGGAAGAAGAAGAGAGAGCAAUUGCUGAGAAAGGGUUCUAUAUGCAUCCGAGUCCACUCACUACUCCACGUGGCUCGGACCCUCCCGAGCUUCUGCCUUUGUUUCCUCUCCAUUCUCCUACUAAUACACAUACCAUUAGCAGCGACAACAUUCAAAAUCUUUCUUCUUCUCCUUCUUAAUUUUGUAACAUAAUCAUCAUAUAAAUUUUAUUUUAUUUUAUUUUAU